UAUUUUUGGAAUUCAUGGUGGCCAUUUUUCCUGUAUCUCGGUAUUCUCCACCUUUGUUGUGAUUUAGCUUGUUUGGCCGAUAUCUGCUGUUUUAUUUAUGUCUGACGGACGAGCAUCGUAGCGGCACAUUAACAGCCGUGACCGUAUAGAUUUUCAGCUCUCAAUGGAAGACAUCUUCCUACUCGCUGCGAGCGAAGGAGUGAAGCACAUUUCGCACCUGCUUCGCAUCUGUAUUCCCAUCGAGGAGCGGGGGACUUUUUAUAAAUGAAGGUUUGAGAACCAAACCUAUCGGCCUGUAACGGUGGGGGUUGUAAAUCAGCAGGGACAGACCCGUAUUCACGCCCUGGACCCGGGACAGUCUGUUUUGGCGGUGUGGGAACCGAGCAGAACGGGUUGGAAAGCAUUUUCACAUUUUGACCGCAUUUGCCCGGCAGCAAGGGGGUCAAGGUGUGAUAUAUGGAUUCCACAAGAAGAAUCGAUUAAUUAGAAGGUUCGAUUCCCUCCAGAAGUGAGACACUUUGGUUCUCUCAAAGCUCUUUGUCUAGGCCAGCCAAAGAGCUUAUCCCCCACCACUAACAACUCCACCCUCCCUGUGUCUUACUGCUAACUCUUGAGCAGCCAGCAUGGGUACAGUACUGUCUCUGUCUCCCAGCUACCGCAAGGCAGUUCUGUUUGAGGACGGCCCGGCCACAGUAGGCCAUUACACAGCGGUCCAGAACAGCAAAAACGCUAAGGAUGCUGCAGCAGCAGCGGCUAAGUCCCUCAAACGCCCCUCUAUCAUCAAUGUGUUGCCAUGGAAACGCAUUGUGGCUGUAUCGGCAAAGAGGAAGGGCUCCAAGAAGCUGCAGUCGGAAGGUGGGGACGGCGGAAAAGGGAGCUCUCCGGAUGGCCACACCACUGCCAUGACCAACUCAGCCUCCAACAGUCUGAAGCUGAAGAAGUCUCAAUCCUGCGCUAACCUUUCGUCUUACUCAUCAAGCCAGGACCCCUCAGCCACUAGCACCACUACCUCCUCCCAGCUGCCCACCUCCAAGACCCUGGCUAAUGUAGUAACAGUUGCUGCCAAAAAGAAUUCCCUCACAGGCUCUGGGAUACAGCCUUCUACUGCAGCUGGCACGCCAAAGCGUGUCAUCGUCCAGGCCUCCACCAGCGAACUGAUGCGCAGCCUGGGUGAGUUCCUGUGCCGUCGGUGUUAUCGCCUGAAGCGUCUUUCCCCAACAGAUCCGGUGCUGUGGCUGCGCAGUGUGGACCGCUCUCUCCUCCUGCAGGGCUGGCAGGAUCAAGGCUUCAUCACGCCGGCCAAUGUGGUCUUCCUCUACAUGCUGUGUCGCGAUGUGGUCUCAUCCGAGGUGGCCUCGGAGCGCGAGCUGCAGGCCUCACUUCUCACCUGCCUCUAUCUGUCCUACUCCUACAUGGGCAAUGAGAUCUCCUAUCCACUGAAGCCCUUCCUGGUGGAGGCGGAGAAGGAAGCCUUCUGGGACCGCUGCCUGGAGAUCAUCAACCGCAUGAGCGGCAAGAUGCUCCAGAUCAACACCGACCCGCAUUUCUUCACCCAGGUGUUCGCUGACCUGAAGAACGAGAGCAAGAAAGAAGAGGAGAAGACCAAACUCCUCAUAGGCCUUGACCGAUAAGAAGGAGCUGGGGGGGCGGGGGGCAAGGACGGAUAGAAAGAUUGAUGAACAGGUUGAGGACAGAUAGCCUAAUGUAAGGCAGUGCAGCGAUACUUUGGAACAGUACUGUUGUCUGGCGUCUCUAUUGGUUUAUAAUUAAUCACAUUUCCUGUUUGUCCCACAGAACAAAGAGCUUCUGCGAUUAAACAGAUCGUUUCAAUCCUUUGAGUUUUGAGACACAGGCAUUAACUGACCUGUAGUGUCUCACCUGAAGGCAGCACUUAGCCUACGGGGUAUUUUCACCGCAACAAAGCUGGUAAAAUCAGGUUUACUGGCCAGACUCUCAGCCUCAUUAUUUGAUGUGAUUGGAUCUGAUUAGAUUCUCAAGACAGAGAGGCCACUUUUCGGUAUCCCACACCAGGAUGUGACGAUAAAAAGCUUUAAGGCGGAGAUAUGAUUACCGUCUUGCAAGAACAGUGUAACUGACAACACAGACGAAGAGAGCUAUGUUUUGCCAGCGGGGUUGGUGAUGUGACAUUAACAGGCUGUGAGAAAGAGAUAGCCAUCACUUGUAUCUGUUGCCUCAGGUCUAGAGACAUGCAUCAGCCUGACCUGUAUCUUGUUUCAGUGAGAUAAGAAAUGGUGGGAAGUAAUUUUCUCUCUUUUGAUAAACAUGAACGAGUUUAGAAACGCCAGACAACACAGAUUUACAAAUUAAAGGGGGAUAUUAUUAAAGAUACAGUAUAUUGAUGCGGUGAUAUUGUGUGAUAGUAUCCUGGCAUUUUUGCUAUAGAGAAAUGUCAGGGUAAUGAUAAACAAGAACCACCAUGCAUGAGGUUACUUCAUAUGUUGUUGCACAUAGUCACCUGCUUAUUGCCAACUCCACUUUACCUUAUUCCUGUAGUCCUGCCCUAGCUUAUUGCACUCACCAACACUGGCGGCAAGGUCCACUGUUGAAACUUUAAAAGCAUUAAAUAGAGCAAAGAUGAGUACGAGAUCUAGUCUGCAAACUUGCCAGACCGUGAAAUUUAAUUUAAUUGUACUGUAGUGGAUUAAUUCAUUAUCAUCUCACAUAAAGUACUGUACUUUUGAGGGAACAUUUGAGUUUAUCCAGCCUAAUCCGAUAUGAAUUGGGAGAUCACUAUUUAUUUUUUAAAGUAAGAAACUUUAAUCCCUUGGGCACAGAUGAAUAUUCAUUAAACAAGCCCUUCUGUAAGCUGUUUACAUUGACAAAAACAUGGGAAAAUGCAAUACAGACCCCUCCAGGGCAUAUUUUACAUGGGAAUUAUUUCAUUCCUGCCUGUUCCCCUGCACUUUCUCCUGCAGUCCAUAUUGGUGCUGUCCUGAAUGACCACAGGACAUUGUUUACUGAAAGAAAGAAAGAAAGAAAGCGAACUAGAAAGAAAGAACGAAAGAAAGAAAGAUUGCAGUUUUAAAAUCCUGCACUCAUAGUCUGUGCUUCAUACUGUAUGAAUGAUGGUGAAUGGUGGAGCUGGAUCAUGGAGGACAUGGUCAGAGAGUAGAUCAUGUGAUCUAUUUCAACCAGUGGCUACACACGUUAGAAUGAGAGAAAAGGUGAUUAUGUUCCAGGUGCGUAUGGGCGGGGGCUGACACUACAAGCGUAGAUGUGACUUUUCAUCCAAAACAACACUUUGAUGUUGCUGUUGGCGCUCGGCUCAAGAGACCUUCUCUGCUGUUUAAAGUGUCCUACCCACCCUUACUCCUCUCUCCUCUUUCCUUGGCUCAUUACUCUCCACAACAACAAACUAAAAUGACACAGAUUCUCUCUCUUCCUCUCUCCAUCUGCCCCAGUCUGGUCUACACUGGUCAUGUCCUGUUUGGUGUGGUCCAGUCCA